CCUUUUACUUGUCCCGAAUGGUCGAAGCCAAGCGCCCCCCGCCACUCCCUCCUCCUCCACUGCUGCUCUCUGCUCCCAGGUGGUAGAUAGAUCUCGGCCAGCCUCACAGUACGGCUCGCCAUUGACACACUCUCUCACUACAAGCAAGCAAGCAACGCCGCGCGAGCAAUCCAAUCCAUUCCCUUCCACGGACUGAUCGAUUGACCGAGAGGGCCAAGAGCCUGAUUGGUUGGUAGGUAGGUGGGGUGGGGGGAGGGAAAGCGGCGGCGAGAGCGGGAUUGAUGCGCACAUGGCGCUGCGGGCGCGGCUGAUGGGGCCGGGCCGCGGGCCGCGGGUGCUGCUGCUGCUCUCCGCGGCCUUCACGGCGCUCCUCGUCGCCUCCAUCCUCCUCCUCCCGUCGCUCCUCCUCCGGACGGGCGGCGCGCGGGGGCCCAGCUUCCUCCUCUCGUCCCCCGCCGCCGGCGACCUCCAGCAGGAGCAGCAGGACCAGCGGUACCCGGUCUCGUUCGCGUACCUGAUCUCGGCGGCGUCGGGGGACGCGGCCCGCGCGGCGCGGCUGCUGGCGGCGCUCUACCACCCGGCCAACACCUACCUGCUGCACCUAGACCGGGAGGCCCCCGCGGGGGAGCACCGCCGCCUGGCGGAGCUCGUGUCGGCGCGGGCCGUGUACGCGCGCGCGGGCAACGUCUGGGUCGUUGGCCGCCCCAACCUCGUCACCUACCGGGGCCCCACCAUGCUCACCACCACGCUGCACGCCGUCGCGCUGCUGCUCCGCCUGCGCCGCCGCUGGGACUGGUUCGUCAACCUCAGCGCGUCCGACUACCCGCUCGUCACCCAGGACGCUUGCUUGCUUGCAGACAUGAUGGAGGCCUUCGCCGGGCUGCCCAGGGACCUCAACUUCAUCCAGCACACCAGCCACCUCGGCUGGAAGAUAAAGAAGCGGGCGCGGCCGGUGAUCCUGGACACGGCGCUGUACGAGGACGGGCGGGCGGAGCUCAUCCGGCCGGAGAACAUCACCACCAACCUCCGGAGGUUGCCCACGGCCUUCAAGCUCUACACAGGGUCCGCGUGGACGAUGCUGUCGCGUCCCUUCGCCGAGUACGUGACGAUGGGGUGGGACAACCUCCCCCGGACCCUCCUGCUGUACCACGCCAACAUCGUCUCCUCGCCGGAGUUCUACUUCCAGACGGUGGCCUGCAACUCGCUGCGGUUCCGCAACGCCACCGUCAACCACGACCUGCACUUCAUCCGCUGGGACAACCCGCCCAAGCAGCACCCGCUGCACCUCACCGCCAGGGACUACCGCCGGAUGCUGCUCAGCGGCGCCCCCUUCGCGCGCAAGUUCCGGGAGGGCGACCCGGUGCUGGACCGGAUCGACCGCGACAUCCUGCGCCGGCGCGGGCCCGGCCAGUUCGCCUACGGCGGGUGGUGCGCCGGGGACGGGGACGGGGACGGCGGCGCGGCGGCGCUGUGCGGCAACCCGCAGGAGCCCCGGAGGAAGGGGGCCGUCAGGGCCGGCGCCGGGGCGCGCCGGCUCAAGGUGCUGCUGGGCAAGGCGCUGGCCCCGGGGAAUCUCAGGAGAAGGCAGUGUAGGUGAAAGAAAUUUGUUUUGGGCUUUUUAUUCACAGGGUGGACUGAUUCUGAUCAAACAUGACAUGUAUAGCGAAAGGGACAACGACAUGAAUUACAGGCAAUUUUGGUUCGGAAGGACCCUAAAAUUUUCUGAGGUGAAAUUUUCAGGAAUUCUACUACAGGUUAUCUGCUGAUUA